UCGUGACGAGGGUGGACGCACACGACGCAACGCGACGCAACGCAACGCAACGCAAUCAUUGGAAAGCAUAGUCGAGCUGACGAGAACAGUAUUUUCUGCUCAGCGGGAGAGGAUACUUCUCAUCGUCUAUGUGUGAUUAUCGUGCGUCUCCGCGUUAUCGCCACUUUUGCUGUAUAGGUUAUAGUAGCGCGCGCGUAAGAUCGGGGUAAUAACCGACCCCGAGGGAGAUGGAGAGAGAAAGAGAGAGAGAGAGAAAGUGUGUGUAUGUGUGCAGACUUUAUAUAUCGAUCCUUUGUUAUUUUCAAACGAAACGUAUCCCUGCUACGUGAAAGAGUGAUGAAGAGAAAGAAAGAGGGAGCGAACGGACGUAUGAAUAUCAGUGAAGAGCGAGAGAGAGAGAGAGAGAGAGAGGAAGAGUGAGGUUAGGCGUAUCUUUUUCUUUCAUAAAACUGCCGUCUUCAUGAAGAUGUUCGCGCGACUCGUCUGGCAGAAUCUACCGAGUUCACGAGAUUUUGGGCGUGCGACGCUCACGAACAUCGGGCUUAUCUCGCGUCGCUUAUCUCGGCUUCGUGGCGUACGAUCACCUGAUCGCGCGCGAUGUCUCAUUCGUCAACGAUUCGGCCCGCGGACGAAUGCCCCGACGAGGAACGUUGCGAAUCAUCGGCGCCUAAGAGCGCGAAAAUCAAACCGACGCGGCUCGCUCGUGAGACGAAACGCGUGUUUGUAAAACGUACGGUGCAAUGUUUCGAUAGUUAUCGAACUAUACUGGCGCGCAACUGACGAAGGACAAGGCGCUUCCGCGGCAAGAUCGCGAGACGUAGAACGGUCGCGAUUCGAUAUCUGGAGACGGCCGUGGCAAAUUGGCGUUCGUUGUUUCGUAUAAAAAUAAUUACUGCGCGCGCUUAUCAAAGUACGCUGGAACUAAACGGAUGAAGCGAGACUCGCGUAGGAAGAGACAAGAAAAAUAAACGAGGAUAAAUUAACGAAUCAUUAAAUUAAUUAAACCUUUGCUUCAAAAUUGUACGUGAGAUUUGAUACGUGGGUGAAAUUUGAGAACUAAAAUCGCUCUCAUUCGGCGAAUUUGAUUGUUCGUGCCGUGCAACGCGCAGAAAAGUAAUAUCGAUCAUGUUGCACUCGCAUAAUUAUCGCGUACGAGAUGAUUUAUACAUAAAUAAUAAUGUGUUUGAUAUAUAUAUAUUAACAAAAUAAAAUAACAAAUUUGUAUAUUUAUUUUUCUUUUUUUACAUAACUGCGAUAAUAGAGUAUAAAUUCGAAAUUAAAUCAAUUUCGAACCGUCGAGAUUUAUGGGAGAAUCGCGCGACUCUUUAAUUGCAGAGAUAAUUGCCACCGCACAUCCAUUAUUAAUUAUGACGACCCUAGAGUCGCAGUCAGGCGAGAACUUGUGCCAUCUCGAUAAGCUGCCACACGUGAAAUGGAACAAUUCAAUCUCUGGAUCACCAGCAUGUACGUUCCCAGACGGACUGAGCCCCCUGGAUUGUCAGAUGGCCGGCCACCCCUUUGACGGAGAAAAGCACACUAUCGGUAUGUUGGUAAGCAGGCGGAAUGGGCAUGUAUUGAAACCAGCGACUAAAGCGAUUCUCGGAGAAAGAGAAAUUGCAUUCUACGAGAAUUUGAAGAAUUCUCAGGAUUCCACGAUAGCGCCGCUAAAAGAGUUUGUUCCACAUUAUUAUGGCACGACGGAACUGAGAGUCUUUAACAAACGUACGAAGUUUCUCACACUUAGGGAUAUCACGGAGGGCAUGGCCGAGCCAUGUGUGAUGGAUAUCAAGAUCGGCCGUCGUACGUGGGAUCCUUUAGCCACGCCAGAGAAGAGGGCAACGGAAGAACUCAAGUAUGCCGAAUCGAAGCGUGCUUAUGGUUUUUGUAUAACCGGUUUUCAAGUAUAUUGUCUCUCCACUGGACGAUUAAAAAAAUUUGACAAAGAUUAUGGCAAGAAACUCGAUGCCAAGGGCGUCGUAGAAGCACUGAAAACUUUCUUGCAUAUAACACCUGAGAAGCCGGCCUGUCAGAGAUUGAUCAUCGAGCUUCUGUCAAUCCUGGGGAGGAUCAUGCUGUUCUUCCGCAUGCAACGCAAGUAUCGCUUCUACUCCAGCUCGCUUCUGGUCGCCUACGAUGCCCGGGAAUUGCGGCAACACCGUUGCCUCGACAAGAAGAAGCCGGAUGAUCCGACAAAUCCCAGGACUAAAUCCGCCUAUUCCGAUUCCAAUAGUUUGACGAGUCAUUCUAUUUUCAAUACGAAUGAGACCGAAACGCAAACCGUGUCGACCGCGUCCGUUUCCAGCGCGGACACGAAGAGUAACUGUACACGGGAGCAGAUGGACAAGCCGUUGCUCAAGAAGAGCAUAAGCAGCGGACCCGUCUCGAUAAAACGGAUAAUCGAUCGAAGCGAUGCUUGCAAUCCGAAUCAGAUGUCUCGAUCUUGUCCGAACCAAUUGUCACUUCAAGAAUUAUUAGACAACCUCAAAGACGACGACGCGACGGCCGAUCCUACCGUUUUGACGAAUACAGACAAGUGCAAUUGGGUUAGAGUGAAUAUGAUCGAUUUUACGCACGUCUUCUCGGCAGAUGACGACAGUUCCUUGGAUCUGAAUUGCCUGGAAGGUAUCGAGAAUCUGAUCGAGCUCCUAAAGACGUUCAUCCCGAAAACGUGCAAGGUCGACUCCGAGCAAGAGCGCUCUUGCAUAAAUAUCGCGCAAUAAAAAUUGUUCUCUUCACCACGGAGUGAUCUUUGAUUCGUGACGAUGUUUCCGAAAGUGAACGAAGAAUUAGUAAUACGGGCGAGCAGAACUGGCGACGUUGAUCUUGCUGUCGGCUGUUUUGUCGAAGUAACGGAAAAAUUAAUAGCGGCGAUCUUUGAUGACGAUUAAUCGAUCGCCAGAUCGAGCGAGAAUAUUGUUCACUAGCGGAAAUUACUGCAACGACUCUUCCGGAGAGAGAGGAUUGAGGUUGAAGAAAUAUAAAAAAAAAAACAUUUGUCGAAUGUAAAUGCCAGAGGACGAUGCCUUUGUACGAGCUUGCGGCGAUUUGUUUCUCGACGAUAACGGAUAACGGAUUUUGAUAACAAUUACUCGGUGUGGAGUAAUAAAGAACGAGGACUUCUUAGUCAAAAGCGAAACUAAGAUGUAAGAAAAGCAGUCUACUAACCCAAUCGGACAUAUGAAUUUAAUUCUGAAUCUAAACAGACUUUAAAAAAUGCGCGUCUUUAAAAUACGAUAAUUAAGAUUUUUAUACUUUGCCAAAAAAAAAAGAGAAAAAAAAAUAUGAAAGAUUGUAAUGUAUAGAAUAUUUAAAAGAAUUUCGUAUUUUCGACUCUCCAUUUUCGCCGUAUAAAGACGUGAUUUUAAGAAUUCAUCAACCAGACACAGAAAUAUAGAGAGCACCUCAUUGUAAAUGCCCAACAACCGUACGAGUGACGUUUAUACGACGACAAUAAGUCGCACUUCGUAAACACCGUACUGCGAUGAUGCAAGAGAUUCUUUAAAACUGACGUAUUAUUAUUAUUAUUACUGAAUUUGCCAUGUUAUAAAUAUUUAUAUAUUGUACGCAUUGCGCGCGAUGAAAAUGCGAAUUAUUAUAACAGCAGCAAUAAAUCAUUACGAUGUAAAGUGAAA